AGGUCAUCAAGGAUUACAUUAGUUCAUUGGCAAUGUGCGAGCUAAGUUAUCUUGUGCGUUAAUCAUUUAAUAUAUAGCUUUUAAUUAGUGUCUGAAUACAAAAUGCAAUAUAUUGUGAUAUUUGGAUUGCUAUUUACGUCCUCAAUACAUUGUAAGGUUUGUAGUGAUUGCAAACCGUACACCUCAUGUCCAGCUUCUGGCAAUGUCGUCCUAGAAUUUGAUGAUAUAACAGAAACAGAAUUCAAAGAAAAGUAUUGUGGUGUGGAAUAUAUUGAUGGCAAUAGGAUACCAAAAGUAUGCUGUUCUGAAUUAACCACGAAACAUUUAGACAGGCACCCCAACAUAAAUUUGUUGCCGACAAGCUGCGGUUAUAUAGACAACUACCAGACGUCCAGCCGUGUUGCGAAUUUAUAUGAAUUUCCAUGGAUAGCUCUCUUGAAUUCUCCUACCAGGAAACUGGCAUGUGACGCAAUUAUUAUAAACAGUAAAUACGUGUUAACUACGGCGCACUGCGCCAUAAGACUUAUACCAAAUACUGUGCGUUUUGGGGAUUAUAAUCCUGAGAACGAAAUUGAUUGUAUGCCCGGUGCAAGUAACAUUUGUGAAAAUUUCAUUCAGAAUCUUACAAUCCAGGAAUUAAUUCCACACCCAGAAAAUGUAUUGAUAAUACCAAAUAUUAAACAUAAUAUCGCCCUAAUUCGUGUUAACAAUGAAAUUGAUUUUUCCCACAGAAAUAUAGCGCCAAUAUGCUUUCCGAUAUCUGAACAUAUUCAAAGUGCUAAUAAAAUAAACACGACUGGCAUUGUAGCAGGUUGGGUCACCGACGGUAAAAAUCGUGAAUUCUCAAAAUAUUUGAAGAUACCUGCCUAUAUAGCUGAACCUCAAAAGUGCAUACAAGAUCUGGAUAUGAGGGUUAAUGGUGUGGAAGAUCUGUCUGAAGAUACCUUCUGUGGGGUCUUAGAGUCAGGGGAGAAGGUGGAAUGUAAUGCUUUUGGUGGUGAUCCAUUUAUGAGUAUUGAUGUGGUCAAUAAAGUGAACCGAUAUGUUUUAUAUGGGCUAUACUCACACGGAUUGAAGAGGUGCAUAAAAAACACCGACAUAUAUGUGGAUGUAGUAAAGCAUAUGGAGUGGAUUUUGGAUACUAUAAGACCUUAAAAUAAAUAUUUUAACAAUG